AUGUUAUCACCUACAACAAUUACUAUACCGGAUAAUUCGAAAUUUUCAUUAAUUAAUUGUCCAAGAACAUCACGGAGACCAUUCAAUAUUACUGUUGAACGAUGUUAUAUUCUUCUUAUUCAUUUAUUUUUAUAUAUUAUUAUUUUUAUUCUUAUCUGUAUUCGAUUUGGACAACUUAAUACUAAACAAGAAAAAAUUCUUUCAACUUUAAAUUUAAAUCAUAAUGUAACUUUAUAUCAAGAAUCUCAAAAUCGAUUACUUAAUUAUCCUAAUCAUAAACCUGAUUGUUCUUGUCAACAAUUUUCAUAUCCAAAACGUAAUCAAACAACGCGUUGUUUAGAUUUACGUGUUGGAAUAUCUGAAACAAUAUCAAAUGUUUUUUGUCCAAGUUCAUCAACUGAAUAUGAACAUAAUCAAUGGUUAAUGAUUCAAAAUCGACGAACAAAUCAUAUUAAUUUUAAUCGAACAUGGAUUGAAUAUCAACGAGGUUUUGGUAAUAUUGUAGAUCAAUUAGAUUUUUGGAUUGGUAAUGAAAAUCUUUAUUGGUUAACGAAUAAUUAUCAUUGUCGUCUUAAAAUUGAAUUAACUGAUUGGUAUAAUGAAACUCGAAAAGGAAUCUAUGAACUAUUUCAUAUAUCUAAUCAACAUGAUGAUUAUCGUAUGCAAAUCGAUGGUUAUAGUGGAAAUAUUGAUGCAUAUAAUAAAUUUGAUAGUUUUUCUCGUUGGCAUAAUAAUGCACCUUUUUCUACUUAUGAUCAUCCAGCUACAGAAACUACGAACUGUCCAGACUUACAUGGAGGUGUUGGUUGGUGGUAUCAUUCUGGUGAUGAAUGUGCACAUGUUCAAUUAAAUGGAUUUUUACCAACACAUGGUGAUGGACUUGUUCCAUAUAAUACAGGUAUUUUAUGGAUAGGUUGGAAAUCUGAUCGACAUUUUUCAUUUCAACAUGUUCAUAUGUCUAUUCAACCAAAAUUAAGACGAGAUCGUAAUCGUCAUCGACGAUGA